AUGUCAGACGGAGAGAACGCAGCAACUACACCAAAACCAUUAGCAAUAACGUCUCUAAAGCAACAAAGAGCAUCGUGCAAGGGAAGCUUAACACGAAUCAAUAAUCAAAUUGAUUCAACAAUACAAUUAUCUUACAUUGAACUGGAGUGUAGAUUGGGAUUGGUAGAGUCGUACUAUAAGCAAUCUACUUACUAUCAAUUUCAAAUUGAGAAUUUAGAUCCCGCUGAUGGUGGACGCAAUGAUUUAGAUGAGUUGUAUAUCACGGUUAAAACUAAAAUAAAGUCUCUUAUGGAAGAACGUCGACCAAGAGAUGUUGUUAAUAACGAACACAGCUUCGUAAUGUCACCAACAAUUAAUAACACUCGUUUACCAGCUUUGAAAUUGCCACAUUUUGAUGGAAAUUAUAUGGAUUAUAAAAACUUCAUACACUCAUUUAAUAACUUAGUUAAUAAUGAUGCUACUAUAUCCAAGAUCGAAAAAUUCAACCAUUUGUUGACAUGUUUAAGUGGAGAGGCGCUAUCAACCGUAAAGGCCUUUCAAGUGUCGGAAGAAAACUACGAGCUAGUUAUUGCACGUUUAAAUGAUCGUUAUGAUAAUGACACGCUCAUAUUUUUAGAAAAUAUAUCUGCACUCUACAAGGUUCCUGUGGCUUGUAAUUCGGAUUCCAAACAGCUCAGAAAUAUUGUAGAUACAAUGUCAGCGCUCUAUAGCUCACUCAAAACAUUGAGUUCUACGACACAAAUCAUGGACGCAAUCAUGAUCCAUCUGUUAAUGAACAAUGUGGAUCCCGGUACGAAGCAACGUUGGGAGGAUCAGCUGUCUUACGAAACGUUGCCUACAUGGGAGGGCUGUUGUAAAAUGUUAGAAAGAAGAUGUCAACAAUUGGAAGCACAAGGCAAAAACAAUAACCUUCAAGUCUCAAAUCAAUUAGCAAAUAAACCAGUCAUCAAGGGAUCAAAACAAUAUACAAUGCUAACAAGUAUAAAUAAAUUUCAGAAAUCCGAAUUGGUAUGCGUAUUUUGUUUGAAGAAAAAUCACUCAAUUACUACGUGUCAGCGUUUUAUUAUUUUAUCCACUAAAGAUAAGAAAGAAAAGGUACGUCAAUUGCAAUUAUGUUAUAACUGUCUUAAUAAGGGACAUAGUGUAGCGGAAUGCCCAUCAAGAUACUCGUGUCGGUUUUGUAAGCAGCGACAUCAUUCCUUGAUUCACCAAACUGUUGAAUCACCAGUACAAGUUCCUUUUCUACAUUCAGCGGAUAAUAGUGAAAAUCAAAUUAGUACAUUCUCAGCCACAUCACAUGCCACUUCAGUAAGAAGCGACUCAAUUCAAAAGAAAAGUACAGUCAUUUUAGCCACAGCUAUUAUUCUUGUGCAAGAUGCUGGUGGUUGCUACCAUAUGUGUAGAGCACUACUGGAUUCCUGUUAUCAGGUGAAUCUACUCACACAUUCAUUUGCACAGCUAUUAAAUUUAAGAAAAUCAAAAUCCUCAAUUGAUUUAUCUGGUGUUGAUGACGCUUGCAUAAAAUUAAACUUCAAAACUCAAACUACUAUACGAUCUAGAGUAAGCAAUUUUGAAAAAUCGGUUGAAUUCCUGUUAGCAAACAACAUCACUGGCUAUCAACCUGACGAAUCUAUCUCCUUAAAGAAUAUGCCGAUGCCGAAAGCCAUCGAAUUUGCAGAUCCUGAAUUCAAUGUCCCAGGAAAAAUCGAUGCACUAUUGGGAACGGAAGUAUUUUUCGCGUUAUUGUUAUCUGGUCGCACCCAACUCGGUGUUAAUCUACCAACACUUCAAGAGACCAAAUUGGUUUGGAUUGUGAGUGGUAAAUGUGAAUCAUCAAGCAUGUCAUCUUCAGAUUACCGAAGUUUUUGCACAACAUUCCAAACAUUAAACUCUAAUGUUGAACGUCUGUGGAAAUUGGAGGAUGUUACUACCCAACCUUCGAAAUUCACCAUUGAGCAACAACAAUGUGAAAAGCAUUUUGUAGAGAAUGUACAGGUAAAUGCCGAAAAUCGAAUAAAAGUACGUUUUCCAUUUAAAACCAAUCCCGAUGCUCUCGGUAACUCUAGUGACAUAGCGUUGCAGAGAUUUUGUUGGAUGGAACGAAAACUGAAUAAAAAUCCAUCAUUGAAAAAGGAUUACGCAUUGUUUUUAAAGGAAUAUGAAAAUCUAGGUCACAUGUCCCGGAUUAUGUCUCCUGAUCUGAGUCGUGCUCACUAUUUCAUUCCACAUCAUUACGUGUUGAAACCAACUAGUGAGACCACGAAAUUGAGAGUAGUAUUUGACGCGUCAUGUCGCUCAGCAUCACAAGUAUCACUAAAUGACUUACUGAUGGUUGGACCAACAAUACAAAAUGAUUUAUUUGUUACACUAAUUCGUUUUCGGAACCAUCAGUAUGGGUUAAUGGCAGACAUAAACAAAAUGUACCGUCAAGUGUUGCUUCAUCCAGAUGAUAGGCGGUUCCAACUAAUACUAUGGCGAGAAAAUGAACACAAACCAAUCUCAACGUAUAUGCUUAACACCGUCACAUACGGCACAUCAGCGGCUCCACACCUUGCAAUACGAAGUCUCCAGUAUGCUGCUGAAAAUUAUCAUCAGGCGCAUGAACUAGGAAAGGCCGUUAUUCUAAACGACUUUUACGUUGACGAUAUGGUCACCGGAGCGGACGAUUUGGCAACAUUGAUGCAAAUAAAAGAAGAAGUUUCUGAAAUAUUAAAUCACUUUGGGAUGGAAUUGUGUAAGUGGCAUUGUAGUCAUUGUAACUUAAAUGCAACUUUGGAACGCGACCUUCAGCUGAAUGAAGACACAACCAGUGCUCUCGGAGUAAAAUGGAGACCAGAUACAGAUGUAUUUCUGUUUUCGUUUAAACCUAAAAAAUUGGUAAGCGUUACUACUAAAAGAUCGAUUCUAUCAUUUACAGCUUCAUUUUUCGAUCCGUUGGGCCUAAUCAAUCCAAUCAUUGUAGUACCAAGAAUCAUAUUACAACAGCUGUGGGUACAAAAUAUUUCUUGGGAUGAAGGCAUUCCAGAGAUUUUAGCAAAUAAAUUUAAGGAUUUCAUUGAUGACUUGCAACAUUUACCACUGCUACAUAUUCCUCGUUUUGUACGAGUGUCUAACACAAUUGAAGUACAAGUUCACGGCUUCUGUGAUGCAUCUGAAAAGGCGUACGGUUGCUGCCUAUACUUGAGAUGUAAGGAUUCAUUGGGAACCAUAUGCGUAAACUUACUUACUUCAAAAUCAAGAUUGGCUCCUACGAAAACAUGUUCGUUGCCACGACUAGAACUCUGUUCAGCUCAAUUAUUAACGAAAUUAUGGGCAAAGGUACAACCGCAUUUAUCGUUUGAAAUAUCAGAAGUCCAUUUCUGGUCCGAUUCACAAAUCACACUUCAUUGGAUUCGCUCUGAAUCAUCAACAUUAUCCGUUUUCGUUGGCAAUCGAGUUGCCGACAUCCAAAAUUUGUCAACAAAUACUACAUGGCAUCAUGUUGAUUCAGCAAAUAAUCCGGCAGACGUCAUUUCGCGUGGGUGUUCGGUGCACACAUUGCAGUCAUCCAUAUGGUUUCACGGGCCAACAUUUCUCCAAAACGACAUUAAUGAAUGGCCUCUGCACUCAUCAGUGGAAUUACAGACCACACAUCUUAAUUUGGAACGCAAGAAAACGUGUCUGAUUAUUAAACAAAGGAAACCAUCAUAUAUUAUCGAACAAAUUUAUUAUUAUGGUAAUUAUCUUAAAUGUGUGCGUACAUUUGCCUACGUGUUACGUGUCAUUCAACCACGAUCAAGAAAUACUGAUGUACUCAAGGCUAGCGAAUUAAAAAAUGCUCUAUAUCAUAUUGUUUGGGCUAUUCAACAGCACCAUUUUGCUAGAGAAAUUACAUUGCUGAAAACAAAAAAGCCAAUUAAGGGUCAACUAGCAAACUUAUGUCCGUUUCUCGAACAGUUUGGGAACUUGUUGUUAUUACGCGUUGGUGGCCGUCUGAUGAAUGCAGAUGUAUCUUUUGAAGUGAAGCAUCCUCUAUUAUUGCCAAAGGCGGACACAUUCGUAGUCUCAUUAGCGACACACAUACAUCGCUCGAAUUUUCAUGCCGGACCGCGAGCUUUAACAACACUCAUUCAACAAGAAUUUUGGGUCAUAAAUUGCAAGUCUUUAGCAACUCAGGUAGUUCGUAACUGUAUUCACUGCAUCAAAUAUAAACCGAAAUUGUUAGAGCAAGUAAUGGGUAAUCUUCCUAAAGAACGAGUCACAGAAUGCUUGCCGUUUCAUGUUACUGGAGUCGAUUUUGCCGGACCAAUACCCACAUAUUUAAAGAUAAGAGGCAAGCGACCAUAUAAAUCUUAUAUUGCUGUGUUUGUAUGCUUUGCAAGUAAAGCGGUGCAUUUGGAGGCUGUAACAGAAUUAUCUGCAGACGCAUUCAUAUCAGCGUUAAAACGAUUCGUUGGUCGUCGAGGUGUACCUAUGAAGAUAUUUUGCGACAACGCAACAAAUUUCGUUGGUGCAGACAACAAGCUCAGAGAGUUCCGCAAUUUCUUUAAUAAACAAUGUACAAUUAAUACCAUCACGUCACAUUGCGCAAAUUUACGUAUUGACUUUUCCUUUAUACCGCCAAGGGCACCUCACUUCGGAGGUCUCUGGGAAGCUGCGGUAAAAAUUGCAAAAUCACACUUGUACAAAACCCUAUCAAAUGCUCGACUUACAUUCGAAGAACUGGCUACGGCUCUCGUCGAGAUCGAAGCUGUGAUGAAUUCCCGUCCACUUACAAGUAUAUCCACAGAUCCUAAUGACUUGUCAGUAUUAACACCAGGCGAAUUACUAAUCGGCAAAAAACUAAAGCACAUACCGGAACCAGUGAUUACGUCACAGGAAAUUUCGUUGCUUGCUCGAUGGAAACGAAUUACUGCAGUAAAAUCUCAAUUUUGGCGUCGCUGGCAACAUGAAUAUUUAUGCACAUUACAAUCACGAAAUCGUUGGCAACAUUCAACUCGCAAUUUAAGGGUCGGUGACUUAGUAAUUAUUCAUGACGAUAACCUGCCACCUAUGAAAUGGCUUCUUGGUCGCAUCAUUCGCACGGUAACAGGAGCAGAUGGCAAGGUCAGAGUGGCAGAAGUUAAGACGCCUGAAACCACACUCACUCGACCCAUUGCGAAGCUGGCGUUGUUACCAAUAUUGAAUUCAGAUGAUUCAAUGGGGCCGGGAUGUUAA